AUUCUCACUCUCUCUCUGCAACAGAAAUUCAAAACACGCAUACACAAAAAAAACAAAAUGAUGCUUCUGUGCAAGCCUUCACUUCUCACUCUACCUCCGCUCAGAACCUCAACUUCCACUCCAAGAAACCCUAAAAGAUCGCUCUCGAUCAUCACCACCAACUCAACUUCACCGACACAGCGGCGAAGAACCAUGUCCGCCUUGGAAGCCCGAAUCUCUCUAGUAUUCGCUCUCGCUUCCCAGGCCUCCUCUCUCUCCCAGCGACGUAAAUUUUUAGUGGAUACAGCUACCGAGGUUGUCAAAUACGUGUCCCCGAAGAGGUUCGAGAGUCGAACUCUCGAGGAGGCUUUAAUGGCAGUUCCGGACCUAGAGACGGUGAACUUCAAGGUUUUGAGUAGGGGAGAUCUUUAUGAGAUAAGGGAAGUUGAGCCGUACUUUGUAGCGGAAACAACAAUGCCUGGGAGGACUGGAUUUGACUUCAAUGGAGCAUCUCAAUCCUUUAAUGUAUUAGCUGGGUACCUGUUUGGUAAGAAUACAACAAAGGAGACAAUGGAGAUGACCACACCUGUUUUUACGCGUAAGACCCAAUCAGAUGGAGAGAAAAUGGAAAUGACGACUCCUGUGAUAACAAAGAGGAUGGAAGAUCAAGAUAAGUGGCAGAUGUCUUUUGUCAUGCCCUCAAAGUAUGGUGCCAAUCUUCCGCUGCCUAAAGAUUCAUCUGUGACAAUCAGAGAGGUGCCAAGGAAAAUUAUUGCAGUUGUUGCCUUUUCAGGAUUUGUUACUGAUGAAGAAGUUAAACAACGGGAAUCAAAGUUACGAGAAGCUCUGAAAAAUGAUGCACAGUUUCAGAUUAAAGAGGGUGGUUCAGUGGAAAUUGCACAGUAUAAUCCACCAUUCACACUUCCAUUCCAACGCCGCAAUGAGAUUGCUCUGGAAGUAGAAAAGAAAGAAAAAUAGCAACAUAGCAAUUUUAGAAUCUUGAGGUAUAGUAAAUUAACACACUUUCUGUAAAAUAGACAAAAACAACUUUUUGGAUAUCCAGGCCAUUCAUGUUCCAUAAUGUAAUAUCUUACAUAAUUGAUUUGGUGCUUUUGAUAUGUGUAUAUAGUGAAAUAUCCUUCUUGCUAUUCCAUUA